AUGGACUUCGACUCUUGGGCUCACUCUUUCUGCCUUGCUUGCGACAAGCAGGUGCAAACAUCAACUGAUGCUUACUGCUCCGAGUCUUGCAGACUGGCCGACUUCGAGAAGACGUCAACGACGAGCUCUCAAGCCAGCUCUCCAGGUCUCAACUCUCCUCCCUGCCAAUGGUCAUCGAAGUCCUCCAGCUCAGGCUUCUACCUAUCUCCCGCCUACGAUUUCUCCAACGCAAAGCCAUACGGAUCAAGGCACAUGAGCCAACCCACUAUCAAGCCUUACGGCACUGAGCAGUCAACCCGAUCCCUCACCCCUUCGAGCUCCCACAGCAGCCUCUGCUCCAUGCAGAGCACAUCAACAACAGGAGAGUCAAGCCAGCUGUCAGACAAGGCGAGGAAGGAGCUCCGAGCAUACGCAGUGUCUUUCGACAACGUGAGGACUCAGCGAAGACGAUCAUACUAA